AUGCCCGACCGCACAAGACUUCCGUCUACCACCGAGACUAAUGCAAGGAAACAGUCGGCAUAUGCUGCUUCAGUUUCGACCCUGCGUGCCUGCGUCACCUUCAUCACCUGCGCUUCAACUUACCAACAACCCACCCCAGGCCCCUCCUGCAUCUGUCUCUGCCCUACCAACGGCGCACCCCUCCCACCUUUACCCGCACGGUCGGAGCUGAAAUCCCCAUUCAUCAAACGCCGGACAUGCAGGCAACGCGCGAUCGACAUCUCAUCGCAGCACACCCAAGACGUCAAAAUGUUGGUGGCGUCUGCACUUCGAUCACGCAUGCGCUGCUCGAAACGCGUCCGGGGCGCUCCAGACAGGCCGGAGACCGACUCAGCUCGUGCCAAAGGGGAAGGAGGCGAAGAUAGGGGUGCCUGCAGCUUGCAAGCAGAUGCUGCCGUACGUGAGGGUGAGAGGGCUGCAGCGAGGGGUGAAGUUUAA